GGAAAGCUUCAGUUGGUAAGACGUCAGUGGCUCACAUUCACCUACAACCAUGGCGAAGGAGAAGGUUCACGUCAACGUGGUCGUCAUCGGUCACGUUGACAGCGGUAAAUCCACCACCACUGGACACCUGGUCUACAAGUGUGGAGGCAUUGAUCCCAGAAAGCUGGAGAAAUUUGAGAAGGCUGCAGCUCAGUUGGGAAAGAGUUCCUUCAAGUUUGCCUGGGUGCUGGAUAAGCUCAAAGCUGAGAGGGAGCGAGGGAUCACCAUUGAUAUCUCACUUUUGAAAUUUAACACUCAAAAGUACACCAUGACUAUAAUUGAUGCUCCAGGGCACAGGGACUUCAUCAAGAACAUGAUAACUGGGACGUCGCAGGCAGAUGUGGCCCUCCUGAUGGUCUCGGCAGCCAAAGGGGAGUAUGAAGCCGGCGUUUCCAGGAGCGGUCAGACCAGAGAGCACGCCCUGCUGGCCUACACGCUGGGGGUUAAGCAAAUCAUCGUCUGCGUGAACAAGAUGGAUCUGACCGAGCCCCCUUACAGCCAGAAACGCUAUGAGGAAGUGAUGCGCGGCGUGAGCGGCUUCCUGAGGAAGAUCGGCUACGACACGAAUGCCGUGCCCUUCGUUCCAGUUUCUGGAUGGACUGGGGAGAACAUGAUCAGCGUAACCCAGAAGAUGCCCUGGUACCAAGGCUGGAAAAUCAGGCGGAGGGAAGGGCCUUCAACUGGGAAGACUCUUCUUGAAGUUCUGGACUCUAUUCAGCCUCCGGUGCGAACAAUCAACAAACCUCUACGGCUACCUCUGCAAGACGUCUACAAAAUUGGAGGAGUUGGGACUGUGCCAGUGGGGAAGAUUGAAACAGGCGUCCUCAAACCCGGCAUGACCUUGGUGUUCUCUCCAGCUAAGCUCACCGCAGAGGUCAAGUCAAUUGAGAUGCACCACCAGGGCCUGCAGACGGCUCUGCCGGGGCACAACGUCGGGUUCAACAUCAAAAACGUGUCAGUCAAGAACCUGCGCCGUGGGGACGUGGCCGGCAACGCCCAACAGGAUCCACCUUCAGAUGUCCGCAGCUUUGAAGCACAGGUGAUUAUCCUGAACCAUCCUGGGAAGAUCAAGGCGGGAUACUCUCCUGUCCUUGACUGCCACACGACACAUGUCACAUGCCGCUUCACCGAGCUGAAGGAGAAGCUGGACCGGCGCACCGGCAAGAAGCUGGAGGAGCAGCCACAAACCCUGGUGUCUGGAGAUGCUGCCACUGUCAAACUGGUUCCCGUGAAGCCCAUGUGUGUGGAGAGCUUCUUCACAUACCCUCCUUUAGGCCGCUUUGCGGCAAGAGAUCUGAAGCAGACAGUUGCUGUAGGAGUCAUCAAGUCGGUGGAGAAAGACCAGGGGUCUAAAGCUCAAAAGCUUCAAGUUUGUAAAUAAGUGCUCUGUAAAUGUAUGCUGCGAAAAAGCUUUUUAUUUUCCAGUGAAUUUCAGUUUGUUUAAAAUGUAUAAUUUGACCAGAAAAGAUGCAGCUGGUAUAUUUCUGUUAAUUUAAACAAAUAAAAACUGGUUUGGAG